CGCGAGACUCGUUACAUAGGAUGUUCGGCAUAGUUGACAGCUUUGUAAACAACUUUGUUGGCAACCAAAAAAAUGCCAGCGCAAAAGAAGUAUGUGAACAUCCAUGCUGCAGUGUCGGCGGGGGACGUUAAAGCCCUCGAGCUGAUGGUGAAAGCAGGGGCCAGCAUCAAUGAGGUCGAUGAGAAAGACAAGUUCACUCCCCUUCAUAGCGCCUGCAAUGUUGGGGCUCUAGAGUGCCUCCAUUGGUUGCUAUGGCAUGGAGCAGACACAACAGUAACAACACCUAAGGGUUGGACUCCUGCUCACAUUGCAGCUAUAAGGGGCCAGGAUGCUUGUCUCCAGGGUCUAGCAAACAACAAUGUUAACUUGAGCGCAAAGGACCAUCGAGGCAGCUCUCCUGGACAUCUUGCGGCGGCACACGGCAAUUCUUUCACCCUCAACACCAUUCUGCGAUCAGGAACGGGCUUUUUAAAUGAAACAGGAGUAAAGGACAUCAAUACAACAGACAAGAGUGGUUGGACGCCCGUGCACUCGGCCUGCUACCAUGGUCGACUAGGGUGCCUGCAGCUCCUUAACAAGUGGGGGGCCAGCAUCGAUGAGGUUGAUAACCUAGGAAAUACACCAGCGCACUACGCUGCAGCUGAGGGUCAUCUCCCUUGUCUCAAAUUCCUCGUCAGUAUGGGCAUCAGCCCGACCCACAUUCUGGGCGCCCGUAAUGACCAGGGUGAGACACCAAAGGAUGUCGCCCAACAGUUCUACAAGGACACCAUUAUAGAGUACAUCAACGGCAUCGAGUGGGAGAGAGAUCAUCCCGAGGAAGCUGAAAACUUGGCAUUUCCGGCUCAUGUUGCAUCAUUCACGGGUGACUUAGAUCACCUCCGAAUGCUUGUUGAGAAUGGAGUGGUCAACAUAAAUGAACGUGAUGACAAAGGCUCUACACCUGCUCACAAAGCGGCAGGGCAGGGUCAUGUACAUAUUCUACAAUGGCUGAUCGAGAUGGGUGCAAAUAUGUCGAUAACGAACCAAUCAGGCGAGACUCCUCGGGAUGUUGCUCGAAGGUUCUCCAAACUGGCAUGCGUGAAAUUACUGGGGCGUGACCCGCUCCUGAGGGGAGAAAUGGAAGAGGGUGAUGAUCUUGGCUAUCCGGCUCUUUUGGCAGCCUUCUCUGGGGAUCUGGAACACCUACAGUCAUUGAUUGAGAAAGGCAUCAGCAAUAUCAAUGAACAGGAUGAAAAAGGAUCCACAGCGGCACAUAAAGCUGCGGCCCAGGGCCAUGUGCAUAUUCUGCAAUGGUUGAUGGAGUCCGGAGCUGACCUUACGUUGAGAAACACCCAGGGGCGGACAGCACUUGACGUGGCACGCAAGUACAGCAAUAGAACUUGUGUGAAGAUGCUUGGUGGAAAUCCUGAUGAUCUGGAUCACCUAGGAGACUGGUCUGAUGAUGAGCCAACAGGUACAGAGGGAAACACAGAUGGCGCCUCACUACCUGUGUCCGAUAAGCAGAAGAAAGAGUCAAGGGGUCGUGCUCGUCGGAAGGUAGAAGACCUUGAACGUCUUCUUGAGGUUGCCAAGAGAAACUACACACAGCUUGGUGGCACAUUACCUGAAGACAGGAAACGACUACAGACCAUUCGGGAUAAAGACAAGACAAUCAAUGAGUUGGAAGCCCAGCUGGAUUAUGAACGUUUGAGAAGGGAGAAACUUGAAGCUCAACUGGACCAGUAUAGGCGAGACAUGGCCGAACUCAGCUACAGACUUCAGGCACAGAAUCAUGAUGAUAGCGAGUCUGAAUAUGAUGGCUACUCACGACGUCAGCCUCGAGGUCAGGGUAGACCCGUAUCAGUUAAAAAGCGAUCAGGGUCCAAAAAGCGUUCACAAGACGAGGGUGGAGUCUUCAUCAAGCGAAACGUUUCGAAAGAACAACGGGGUCCAAGAUAUCAAAAAGUUGUGUGAAAUGGAGUUAGAUAUGGAAUACGCAAUGCAUUUUUCUUUGAAUACCAGGAAGUACUCAUAAACACUUAGUCAAUAAUCCUCUGUCAUUAGAAUAUUUUAAUUUGUUUUAUUUCAGUAAAUAAUGAAAGUGUUCUUAUCAUGUGAAUGGACAACAUGAAAGCAUGAUACAUCUGGAUGAUUUUUGCUUACAGAUAAGUGGUAAACACAUAUCAAAGUAUGUUUGAUAUAGUCAAGGAAAAGUAUAUUUGUGAGCAAUUUAAAAUUAUUUGUGGGUUACAUAAAUAGGUUAUUAUCCGAUGUUGUGAAAUCCGAAUGAAAUGCUUGUGAAAUGUGAGUGAAUUACAUGCUUGUGAAAAGUGAAUGAAUUGCUUGUGAAAUGUGAACGAAAUGCUUGUGAAGAGUGAAUGAAAUGCUUGUGAAAAUUAAAUGAAAUGCUUGUGAAAUUAUGCUUGUGAAAUAUGAAUGAAAUGCUUGUGAAAUAUGAAUGAAUAGCUUGUGAAUGGGUAUUGUGUGUCUCGGCAAACAUGCAUUCCAUUUCUUAAAUUAAUACCAAAACAUUCAUUUUUGACAAUACAAGAGAACACUACUAAGUUUAACCCCGUACCUCGAUUUAAAAAAAACAACUGUUAUUUCGUCAAUUUUGAUGACAACCAGUUUUCGCAUAACAUGUUUGUUUUUUUUAUAAUUCUUUUUAAAUGAAUGAAUUAUUUUGGACCGACUAUAUUGAAGGAUUUUUCAUGCUUCACAUUAAUGUUUAAAAAAGCGUUAGUCUUAAUUUAAAUAUAUCCUAUUUUUUGUUUUUGAAGGGUUUUGUAAUAUUCAUAGUAGGUUAAAAUAAUUUUGUAAUUAUUUUUUUGUAUUAAUUUACUUGAUAUUUUAUACAUUUUGUAAUUGGAAAUGAAAAUCUAAAAUGGAAAUGUGCAAAACCACAGAAUUAUACAAAUUUUAUAUUAGCAUAUAUUCACAGGCAUAUGUUUUCGUUAUGUCAUUGUACAAGUUACAGAUUUGCUAUUGUGAUAUUGUGAUAUAUUUUAUUUUCAUAUAUAUAUUAAAUCCAUUUUUAGAUGCUUUUUUGUAGAAUAAAGUCUAAAACUUCA